UGCAACCUUAGGCCAGAGAUAUGAUAGGGGAAGAGUGCAAAAAUAAUUUCCACAGCAAUAUUUAUAAACAAUCUGAAAACAGCAUUCAAUAGAGAAAAUACAGGACUACUGUGAGUUUACAAAACUGAAACAAAAAUAAGUAAAUAAAAGAAAGAAAGACGGAAACUAGUCUACGGGGCAGUCAAGAUGUGGGUUAUGGCAACACUGGAGAAGCAGAAAGAAUUUCCUGCUGUGUUCUCAGUCUGACAACUUUCUAAGUUCCCCAUGGAGACAAAACUUUGUCUCCAUGUGUUGCACGCAGUUUGUAGGCAAAGGGUCAAAUCAGGUACUCAGAUAGAUUGGGUAAAUGCUUAGUUGAGAGUAGCAUCACAGUAGCACUCCUAUGGAAGAGCAGAAACCAUAAGUGAAUAACCUGAUAAAUAACGGAACUUGCUGUAGUUGAAAGUAUUAUGUUUUCGUCUUUUAAAUCUUGGUCUUCGUCAUUUCAAUCAAUCGGCAUACCAUUUCUUAGACCUUUAAUUUCUCCUUUUAUUUCCAUAGAGAACUGAUGGCCGUUGCUUCUGUACAAUCGGAUACCAGGGCAGCAGUGAUGGAGAAAUGUGUGUGCAACAGCUGUACAUCAUCUGCAGAAAUGGAAAGUCUCGCACACAAUACGGGGACUGCUUGGACCAGCACCAGUGGUCUCUUCACUGCAAGAAUAAGGUGUGCCAAACACCAGAGGACUACCGUGGUUAUGACAGGGAGCUGGGUCUGUGUGUGUGCAGAGAGCCUCCUGGCAGAGCAUGUGGAGGCCUAUGCAGGCAGAAGCCAGCUACACAUCUGAAGCUCCAGUGCAGAUAUGAUCAAGAUAUGGCUCUGACAUGGAGCUAUGAAAGUCAGGUGUCAAGCGUUUCAGGCAGUGUGCUGGAAACGGUUUUUGAAAGGUGGGAUUCCCAGGGGACUCUGAAGUGCCACAGCCAUUACAAACCCUCACGUCCUGUCUACAUUGUUCAGACAACAGAGGCAGGACUCUUUGGCCUCCUCAGCGGUCUCCCAGAGGAAAUUCAGCAACUGUUUCCAGACCGCACACAGAGCUCAGGCGACGAAGACUAUGAAGUUUUAGAUGAGAUCAUCGGCGUGGAAAAUAUCAGUGAUGCAAAAAGAGAACCUCGUUUCAGACAGUCGAACAAAGACAUGAGUGAUGUUGCAGAUCAAAGUGUGUUGAGUAUAACUGGAGUCCUCAAUCCGACAACAUGUCUCCAACUGGGGGAUGCUUUACUGUUCACCGUCAGCACACGGCAUUACCCGCUCUAUGACAUUGACAAUCUCUACAACACAAACCGUGAUUUUGACUGGGGUGCGCUCAGGCUGCUGGAAGAGGAGCUGACCCUUUCCUGGACUCCUCCUACCUUAUUUUCGCUGGUGUUUAGCCACCAGGGGGUUUACGUCUUCACACUUAGCAGCAAUCAGCAUAAACGCAUGUAUGUGCGAGUGAUGCCCGCAGGGGGCCAGUGUUAUGAGCCUGGACCCUUCUUCCCAACCAUUCCUCGACAUCUGACC